AUGGAAGAAGGGACUUCAAAUUUCGAGCCAGAUGGCACUGCUCUUGAAGAUGCAGAAGAACAGAACGGAGGCUCUGGAACUCGUUCAGCUGAGAUCUCUCCUAGUCCUGCUCUUACAUGCGAGAUGUGCCAAAACUAUGAAAUCAACCUAACAUCGAUUCAGGAAAACGAAAGGAAAACACGAGAAAAGUUAAGGGCAGCAAAAUCAUUAGCAGAUCGGUAUGAAACAGAGCUCACGACAGAGAGGAAGUACAGGAUGGAUGUCGAAAAGAAAAUGACUGAGUUAGCUGCACAGUUCAGUGAUGAGCUAAAAUGUGUGGCGUCUGCAAACCAGAAAAUUGAAGAACGAGUAAAUGAAUUUAUUGAAAAACACAAAUCAAGCAUGGAGAAGUAUUCAGAGCAGCUACAAGACGUUAAUCAUGUCUGUUCGGAAGAACAACUGGAGGAAGAGCGAAAUGCCAAGCUGGCACUAGAGCGAGAUCUUCUCGCACAAGUGAAUCAUCUCCAAACACAAUUAGGAAUCGCAGCUAGUAAACUAUCUACCGCUGAUGCUGUAGUUUUGUCUAAUGAAACUCAUGAGAGGCAAAUAAGAGACCUUCAGAAUACCGUAGCUGAACUGGAAGCACAAGUAAAACAGGUCCAAAGCGAGCGUGCUGCUGUGGAACUGACAGCUCAAAACUAUAAGGCUCGAUGUACCUCCUUGCAAAGUGAACUAGACACCUCGGAGGCCGUUCAAAAAGACUUCGUCCAGCUCUCGCAAAGUUUACAAAUUCAAUUAGAAAAGAUUAGGCAAUCAGAGCAGGAGGUUCGGUGGCAGUGGGAGGAUGACGUGGAAAAUUGUUCGGGUUGCGGUGCAUCAGUCUUAAAAACAAAGCCUCGGCCAAGGUUAUUACUAUUACCGCUUUUAUUUAUCCAUUGA